AUGGAAGCGCCAGCGAUCUUCAUGGAGGCAGAGUUUUACCAGCGGAAUUUUGACCCUCGCGAGUAUUUGAAAGAAUUUUACAGCAUGAGCACCAGCCGGGAAGGGUUUCCAUCCUCACCGGGAUGGUUUGCCCCCCACUCUGCACCAGAUGGGCUGAGAGGUGACAUCCUGAUAGAUGUCGGCUGUGGCCCCACCACCUACCAGCUCCUGUCUGCGAUGAUCACCUUGGACUACACUGACCAGAACCACCGGGAGAUGAAGAAGUGGCUGAAGAACGAAGCAGGAGCCUUUCACUGGGAGCCAGCAGUGAAAUAAAUUUGUGAACUGGAAGGGGACAGGGAGAAGUGGGCUGAGAAGCAGGAGAAAUUGAGGAAGACGGUGAAGCAGGUUCUGAAGUGUGAUGUGACCAAAGUUAACCCCAGGGGCCCCGUGUCCCUGCCGCCAGCCGACUGCAUCGUCUCCACCCUGUGCUUGGAGGGUGCCUGCAAGGACCUGGCCACCUUCCGCAGUGCCCUGAGGAACAUCAGCACCCUCCUGAAGCCAGGGAGGCACCUGGUCAUGGUGACUGCCCUUGGGGACACCUACUACAGCCCUUUUUCUGGCACUAAAUAAACUCCUGAGUGCUCCAACUGUGUCUGUGAGCUGGGAU